AAUUUUAUCGGGCGGCGGCGAAGUGUCAGUGGGAAACAUAGAAAACAUCCGGGGGGUGAUCAGAAUGACUGGGAGUGAAUAAAGAGGGACGAAAUAUGGUGAAAACAGCAGGAUCUUUCCGCAACACACAAUGGGAUCCCAUCCUGCUCAUAUCGCAGAUCGUUGCAAUGCAGGCUGUGGUGUACACGACUCUCGGCAUGAUAAUGUUCUUCAUGGAUUUGCUCGCGGGUGCGAAUCACACACUGGACCACCUCUUUCAGUAUCACGAAAUCCAUGUGUUUGAUUUGGGCGGACGCCUCGUGAUCUGUGCAUUCGUGCUGAACUCCUUCGUGGCCGCUCUGGCGCUGUGGUUCAUUGUCCGACGCACGAAGCUGUGUCUGGACUUCACGUGCACCUUCCACCUGAUUCACCUGAUCAUCUGCUGGUGGUACAACUCCGCCUUCCCCACGUCCUUCUCCUGGUGGCUGCUGAACGCCGUGUGCGGCGUGCUGAUGUGCGUCUGCGGCGAGUUCAUGUGCCUGAAGACGGAACUUCGAGAGAUUCCAGUGGGCUACUCGGCGCUCAAUCAGCGCGCAGACCUCUAAAUUCCACACACAUGU